ACGACGAGGACAGGAGAUCUGAAUAGCUUAUAUCUAAUUCUAGCUUGAAGGGCUGGGAGCGGAGGAGACAGGAUAAAUCUGCGGUGUUCUCAACUGUGUGCAACGGUCAGAUCUUCGCCUAUCAUGCUCGUGUGAUAGAGUUCGGGCCAGACGUCUCUUAUCGAACCUCACUCUCCAUCACCUCGACUCCAACACUUGAUGGCAUACGGAACAACAAUGUCGAGGUCGCCUUCUUCCUCGGGUCUGCUCCCUAUACCUGGAUCUCCUGGUUCAUCGUGGGCAGUAUACAAAGCUAGGCUGGGAGCGCUGUUUCAAGGCGCGGAUACAUCAGUGGUCGUUGCAUUCUGGCUAUUUGGUCUUAUUAAUAAUGUCUCCUACGUUAUCAUCCUAUCCGCUGCCCUCGACCUCGUUGGUCCCUCCGUCCCCAAAGGAGUGGUCCUCCUCGCCGAUGUCCUCCCAUCCUUCCUCACCAAACUCAUCGCACCAUACUUCAUCCACGCAGUGCCAUACUCCCUCCGAAUAAUCAUUAUGUGCGGUCUAUCCGCGGCAGGAAUGUUUCUUAUCGCCCUCACACCAUCCGUUCUCACAGGUGGAUCCAUAGGCAUAAAGUUGUUUGGUGUAGGAAUGGCAUCUCUAUCCAGCGGCGUAGGUGAACUGAGUAUGCUGGGCUUAACACAUUAUUACGGCCCAUUUUCUCUCGCAGCUUGGGGUUCAGGAACCGGAGGAGCAGGGUUGAUAGGAGCAGGUCUCUAUGUGCUGCUCACCAACACCAUCGGAUUGAGCGUACGGAACAGCUUAUUAGCAUGUGCUUUCCUCCCCUUCAUAAUGCCUCUGGCAUUCUUUCUCAUCCUGCCCCAAACGCCCCUACGCAGGGCCUCCUUCAACAAAGACUACACCGCCAUCCCUCGAGUUUCAAUCGACGACUCCGACAUAACCUCCCUCCCGACCUCCUCCGCGGCCGAAGCCCUCCUCGCACCCGGCCCAUCCACCGUCUCGGAAGCCUACACAUCCCACUCCCGCCCCGGCAGCCCACCAUCCGGAGCCCAGCACCCCUCUCCAAACACCAAACCAACAUUCAAACAGAACCUCGCCCGCACACGCGCCCUCUUCUUCCCGUACAUGCUCCCCCUCCUCCUGGUCUACAUCGCCGAAUACAGCAUCAACCAAGGUGUCUCACCGACGCUCCUCUUCCCGCUAAAAACCACCCCCUUCACCGCCUACCGCUCCUUCUACCCCCUCUACGCCUUCCUCUACCAACUCGGCGUAUUCAUCUCCCGCUCCUCCACGCCCUUCUUCCGCCUCCACAACCUCUACACGCCGUCAUUCCUACAAAUCGGCAACCUCGCCCUCCUCAUCCUGCACUCCAUUUACUUCUUCAUCCCUACCGUAUGGAUUAUCUUUCUAGUGGUGUUCUGGGAGGGCUUGCUGGGUGGGGCGGUGUAUGUUAAUACGUUUGCGGAGAUUAUGGAGAGUGUGCCUGUGGGGGAUAGGGAGUUUAGUCUGGGGGCCACGAGUGUGAGUGAUAGUGCGGGGAUUUGUAUUGCGAGUUUGAUCGGGAUGGCUAUUGAGGGGAGGUUGUGCGAGGCGAAUGUUAAGAGGGGGAGGCCGUGGUGUAGGGAUUUGGAUUUGUGA